GAGUGAUUGCAAGAUUAGAUUCCCAUUCCACAAGGAUGGCGGCUGCUAAAGUGAAUGGUUGUGUUUCAUUAAAUGAAAGAAGUUCAGCAAGUGAAAACAUAAAAUGUGAUAAUAGUGACAAAAACAUUGAAAACGGAAAAGUUCACCACGGUUUAAAUGGUUACGAGAAAUCUAAACUUAAGCAUACUUCAAAUGGCUUUAAUAAAAUGGCGACGUUCGGCAGGGAGAGCGCGCCAUGGAUGGAUUGGUCGCAGCACGACAUCUUCCCGGGCUCGUUCGAGAAGUGCUCGCUGCUGACGGCAGCGCUGACGCACAUCGGCCUCUACAUCCUCAUGUUCCUCGGCUUCGUUAACCAGCUGCUGUUUAAACCCAAAGUCGCCACGGAGAGGAACAGAGAAGGCUACGCACCGUUGUACAACCCGUUCGAGCAGUUCUACUCGCGCUACGUGUACAGGCGCGUACGACACAUCUUCAACAGGCCCAUCUGCUCCACGCCCGGCGCCGAGGUCACGCUGAAGGAGCGCUACACGGACGACUACAAUUGGUCAUUCGGAUUCACGGGUACGGAGCGGCGCUGCAUCAACCUGGGCUCGUACAACUACCUGGGCUUCGCGGCGCCGCAGGGCGCGUGCGCGGACGCGGCGGAGGCGGCGGUGCGGCGCUACGGGCUGGCGCACUGCUCCCCGCGCGCCGAGCUGGGCAGCUCGCGUCUGCACCGCGACCUCGAGCGCACCACGGCCGACUUCCUCGGCGUCGAGUCGGCGGUGGUGUUCGGAAUGGGGUUUGCCACCAACGCGCUGGGGCUGCCCGGGCUGCUGGGCGCCGGCGCGCUGGUGCUGAGCGACGAGAACAACCACGCGUCGCUCAUCCUCGGCCUGCGCCUCGCGCACGUCACGGUGCGCGUGUUCCGACACAACGACGUGCGACACCUCGAGCGACUCGCGCGCGCCGCCAUCGCCGAGGCGCGCUGGAAGAAGAUCGUCAUCGUGGUGGAGGGCGUGUACAGUAUGGAGGGCUCGAUCGUGCCGUUGGCUGCUGUGGUUGCGCUCAAGAAGCAGCUCGGGCUGCAGCUGUACCUGGACGAGGCGCACUCCGUGGGCGCCAUGGGCCCGCGCGGCCGUGGGGUGACGGACCACUGCGGCGUCGACCCGCGAGACGUGGACGUGCUAAUGGGCACCUUCACCAAGAGCUUCGGCGCCGCCGGCGGGUACAUCGCCGGCUCGGCCGAGCUCGUGAACUGCGUCCGCGCACAAGGGCACGCCCACGCGUACGCGCACUCCAUGGCGCCGUGCGUGGCGGCGCAAGUGCUGGCGGCCAUGCGCGCCAUCACUUCACUGGAAGGAGUAGCGCGCGUGCGUCGCCUGCGCGACAACACGCACUACUUCCGGCAGCGCCUGCGCGACAUGGGCGUGCUGACGUUCGGCCACGAGGACUCGCCCGUGGUGCCCAUGCUGGUCUACACGUUCAGCAAGAUGGCGGCCACCGUGGAGCGACUCACGGCGCGCGGAGUGGCCACCGUGGGGGUCGGCUUCCCCGCCACGCCACUGAACAAGGCACGCAUACGGUUCUGUCUGUCGGCGGCGCACACUCGGGAGCAGCUGGACGAGUGCCUGACGGCCUUGGAGGACAUCGUGGACGAGGUUGGCCUGCGCUACUCGCGCCGCUAGCGCCCCGCCGCCCGCCGCCCGCGCCCCGCCGCCCGCCGCCCGCGCCCCGCCCCCC